CCGUGCACCAUGGAGAGGAGCGAACACCCCGAUAAGGGCGAUAACGUCACAUCCGAUGACGACAUAUUGAUUGAAAAUAUUAAGAAAAAAAACUGCUGCAUCAAAUUAAACGACUCGAAACAAAUAAGUGAAGGUAAGAAGGAGGAGACGAAAGCGAAGAAGAUUGUGAAGAGCAAUAGUAAGACAGUUUUGAAGAAAGAGACGAGCACCGUUAUUCGAAAGACCAAGUCGAAAACGAGUGCGAAGGAAAGCAAAGAAGCUCCUCUAAACGAAUGUAAAGUGGUGAAAAAGGGUAAGGCAGCUGCCAACGCAGGGGAUGCAGCUAAGGAAAACCCCACUACUAGCAACAACAAGACAGAAAAAAAAAACGCGGUGGUGAAAAAAAGAAAAUCAAGUGUAAAGGAAAAAAAAGACACGGAUGGGAAGCCCACAGCUGCCAAAGUGGUAAAAAAGAGAGAAAGUAAAGUCAAGAAAGAAACAAAUAAAAGACCCAAAAAGGUAGUUAAAAAAACAGAAGAAAAUUUCGAACCCAUAAAUAGAUGGUGGGAGAAGAUCGAUCAUCAAACGGAUGUUCAGUGGCAUUACUUAGAGCAUCGGGGUCUUAUUUUUUCCCCCCCCUAUGUGCAACACAAUAUUCCCAUUUUUUACAAAAGCAUCAAAUUACAGUUAAAUGAAAAAGCAGAGGAGUUAGCUACCUACUGGUGCAGCGUAAUAGGCAGUGACUACUGUACCAAGGAGAAGUUCAUAUUAAAUUUUUUCAGAACCUUCAUAUGUACCCUAGAAAAGGAUAACAUAAUAAGACAAGAAAAUGAAAGCAAAUUGAAAAAAGGAGACAUAUCUAAUUUUAAAUUUAUCGAUUUUAUGCCAAUCAAAGAUCACCUAGUUAAGCUAAGAGAAGAAAAACUUAAUAGAACGAAAGAAGAAAAAGAAGAGGAAAAAAAAUUGAGGUCAGAAAAAGAACUACCAUAUACAUACGCCCUGGUUGACUGGAUUCGGGAAAAAAUUUCGAGCAACAAAGCGGAGCCGCCUGGUCUAUUUAGAGGCAGAGGAGAACACCCCAAACAGGGGUUGCUAAAAAAAAGAAUAUUCCCAGAAGAUGUCGUAAUAAAUAUAAGCAAAGACGCCCCUGUCCCUCGAUUGUACGACGACAUGUGUGGCCACUGCUGGGGAGAUACCUACCAUGACAAUAAGGUAACGUGGCUAGCAUACUACAAGGACAGCAUAAACGAUCAGUUAAAAUAUACGUUUUUAUCUGCCCAAUCCAAAUUUAAGGGCUAUAAAGAUUUUCUGAAAUACGAAAAUGCGAGGAAGCUAAAAUCAUGUGUUCAUAAAAUUAGGGAAGAUUAUAGGCACAAAAUGAGGAACAAAAGCAUCCUGGACAAGCAGCUAGGCACCGCCGUUUAUUUGAUAGACUUUUUGGCCUUAAGAGUCGGGGGGGAGAAAGACAUAGAUGAGGAGGCCGACACGGUGGGCUGCUGCAGUUUGAGGGUGGAGCACGUGAGCUUUUCCCACGAGGUGCCCAUUAAGAACGAGAGCAGGGGGGAGAGGAGCAAGGGGGAGAGAAGCAAGGGGGAGAGGAGCAAAGGGGAGAAGAGCAAAGGGGAGAAGAGCAAGGUCAAAAACGGCAGUGAAGAAACCGCCAACGGGGAACCCCCCAAUGAAGGAACCACCCCAAACGAAAGUGACCACAAAGGCAGCGGCAAACUCCCGCUGCCGAAAAAUUUAGACGACAUAGAGGAAGACCACUGCUACUUAACUUUUGACUUUCUAGGAAAAGACAGCAUUCGGUAUUUUAACACGGUGAAGCUAGACAAGCAAGCAUACAUCAACAUGAUCAUAUUUUGCAAGAAGAAGCACAAAGAUGAGGGGGUGUUUGAUCAAAUUAACUGCUCAAAGCUAAAUGAUUAUUUGAAGGAAAUUAUGCCGACGCUGUCGGCCAAGGUGUUCCGUACGUACAACGCGUCAAUUACCCUAGAUCAGCAGCUGAAAAGGAUAAAAGAAAUUCGGGGCAAACCGACGGACCCGCUGCUCUCUUGCUACGAUGAUUUGCCCAAGAGGAAAAAGAGGAAGCUCGGGAACGCCACUUCGUCGACGAGUAUUCUAAGCGAUACGAGUGACUCCACGCAAAAUGAGCCAAGCGGGGAUGGCGAGGAGGGGGAGAAAAAGAAGCAGGACGAUGGCGACACCGCACCGGGUGACACUGCACCCCCCCCGAGCAGAAGCAACACCAACGCGUUGGGAGGCAUCCACGCCAGCGAGAAGAACUCGCCCAUAGAAGUGGACGUUUCAAAUGUGAACGAACUCAUCAACUUCUUCAACAACGCUAAUAGAGAAGUUGCCAUUCUGUGUAACCACCAGAGGAGUGUCCCCAAGCAGCACGACUCAGCCAUGUCAAAAAUAAAGAAGCAAAUAGAAAUCUACAGCGAAGAUAUAAAGGAGUAUAAAAAAUACCUGCAGUACCUGAAAAAGGGGAUGAACGAGCAAAGCUUCACCUUUGUGUCGAAGGUUGUUGCCUUAGAUGGGUCGUUAAGACCCAACAAGGUGAAGGAAAACAUGAAGGAGGAGUCCUGCAAGAAGAAGCUAAUUGCGCUCAUCAAGAAAGUGGAGCAGCUAAAGCACCAAAUGAAGGUACGCGAUGACAACAAGACAAUUGCCCUGGGGACGUCUAAAAUUAAUUAUAUGGACCCCAGAAUAACCGUCGCCUUCUGCAAGAGGUUUGAAAUUCCGAUCGAGAAAAUAUUUAAUAGGAGCUUGAGGCUUAAAUUUCCCUGGGCGAUGUUCGUGACGAAGAAUUUUACCUUUUAG